CGGCUACAACAGACUAAUCCUUCAUGCCGUCAUUCCCUUUACCGUAACCAGGCUCCGCUACGGCUCCCAGAACUCGGUCCAAGGGAUGUCCCUUUCCUGGUCCUGCCACCACUGAAGCGCCCAAGGGUCCCAGAAGAGCCGACCUGAGCGCAGACAUCGCGGGCCAUGAGUCCUCUGAGGUUGCGAGCGCCCCUCUCGCUGCUGCUGCUGCUGGGCGGCUAUGUCCUCUCGGACACCCGAAGGGACAAGGGGCCCGCUGGCAGCGCAGCAGAGCCGGCCCCGGGUCCCGCAGUUGGCUCCUCGGGCCGCUUUGUUAGCCCCGAGGGGCACGCGUGCAGCUGGCAGCUCCUGCUGCCCGCCCCAAGGCCCGCGGCGGGAAGCGAGCUGAUGCUGCGCUGCCAGGGCCCGGACGCGGCGCGCCACCAGUGCGCCUACCGCGGGGAGCCGGAGCGCUGCGCCGCCUACGCCGCCCGCCGCCCGCACUACUGGAGGCAGGUGCUGGGCCGGCUGCGCAAGAAGUCGCGGCCCUGCCACGACGCCGCGCCGCUCAGGGCCCGCCUGUGCGCCGGCAAGAAGGGCCACGGCGCCGAGCUGCGACUAGUGCCCUACCCGUCCCCACCCGCUGGCCCCACUGCGGCGGGCUUCCCCCGCGAUCUCAAGCCCCGGGCCGGGAGCCGGGGACGGCCCCGGGAGUCCGCGCCGGGCCCCGCCGCAGGGGCCCCGCCUCCCCCGAGCGCUCCGCCCAAAGAGAAGCCCUCUGAGAAGACCAAAGGCGGCAAGAGGAAGGCAGCCUCGGACCCCGACGAGGAGCGACCCCUGGGGACAGGGCCCGACCCUGACGGACUGGACCAAAACGCGAAGCUCACGGAGACCUACUGUGCUGAGGAGUGGCGCUCCCUCUGCAACUUCUUUGUCAAUUUCUGGAAUGGCUGAGGCUGCAGGCCUGGGG